AUGCGGCCGGCAACAAGAACAAGAGGUAGCUCCAACGCCGUCACCAAUGGCGUGGGCGUGCAGGCUGAAGACACUCGCAUUUGCGUCGUCAUGGUCGGUUUGCCUGCGCGAGGAAAGAGUCUGAUUGCCCAGAAGGUCGUGCGCUAUCUCGGCUGGCUGAGCAUUACGGCGAAAUGCUUCAACGUCGGCAACUACCGCCGCACCGCCACUCCUCAGCCCAACGCCGCCUUCUUCGACACCAGCAACAAGGAAGGCGAACGGCUUCGCAAAGCCGCCGCCGAGGCCGCAGUGGACGACAUGUGCAAAUGGUUCCGCUCGCCCGACAACCUCAUCGCCAUCCUCGAUGCCACCAACUCCACCAAACCCCGACGACGAUGGAUCAAAGAGCGCUGCGACGCAGAGGGCAUAGAAACUAUCUUUGUGGAGAGCAAGUGCGAUCGCGAGGACAUCAUACUAAGCAACAUUCUCGAGGUGAAGACGACAAGCCCCGACUACGAGGGGCUGGAUCCCGAGCACGCGGCCAAGGACUUCCUGGAGCGGAUAAAGAUGUAUGAGCGGGUGUAUGAGACGCUGGACGAGGACGAGGCGGACAUGACGUAUUGCAAGAUUAUCAACGUGGGCUCGCAGGUCAUCAUCAAUCGCAUCCAGGACUACUUGCAGUCGCGCGUGGUGUACUACCUGAUGAAUCUGCACAUCAAACCGCGCUCCAUAUGGAUCAGUCGGCACGGCGAGUCAAUGUACAACUUGUCCGGACAAAUUGGCGGCGAUGCAAACCUAUCUGCACGCGGCAGGAAAUACGCCGAAGAGUUGCCGACAUUAGUCAAGCGAUCCGCCGGUGACAGCCCCCUUACCGUCUGGACAUCGACUCUCAAGCGAACGGCGCAAACAGCGCAACACCUCCCCUACGAAAAGCUAGCGUGGAAGGCGCUGGACGAGCUCGAUUCCGGUGUCUGCGACGGCCUGACCUACGCCGAAAUCGAGGAGAAGUAUCCGCGCGACUUCAAAGCGCGCGACGAAGACAAGUACAAUUAUCGCUACCUCGGCGGCGAGAGCUACCGCGAUGUCGUGAUACGUCUCGAGCCCAUCAUCAUGGAGCUGGAGCGGUCGGAGAACAUCCUCAUCGUCACGCAUCAGGCCGUCCUGCGCUGCAUCUAUGCUUAUUUCAUGGGCAGCACCCAGGAGAAGAGUCCGUGGAUGGAGGUGCCGUUGCAUUGCUUGAUUCGGUUGACGCCGAGGGCGUACAAGACGGAGGAGGAGCGGUUAUUUGCCGAUGUGCCGGCAGUCAGUACGUGGCGGGAAAAGGGGAGUAAGGCUGCGCAUCAGGUACAGACGCUGAGCAUCUCGGAAUGUGCAGAAAUGUGUACUGACAUCGCUUGCGCGCAGGAUACCCCCGAGAACUCACGACGGCCGAGUCCGUCGAUAGCAGCGCAGACGAAGCCUUGA